GGCAGCGCCGGGUCCUGGAGCCCUCCCUCUACAGGCCGGCGUUUCUGAACUGGAGCUCUGCCGAGGGGAUCUCUUCCAAGCCGAGCCCUGUCUUAGACUGCACUGUUUGACAGUACACAUGGGAAGGAGCAAGCCGCUGUCUGACUCGAAGGCGAUCGUCCACUGAAAAAGCCCAGAGUGGAGCAGGGUUGUGAAGGUGGCUGAGAUUUAAAUACCGCUAAUCCGCAAGCAACUCCGUGGCACUCAGGUCACCCUCUAAGGAAUGGGUUGACUUGUGUAGCCGAUUAAUGAAUGGAAUGAUUACAUCUGACAGGUGCCUGUUGAAGAGGAAGUUGUUGACAGCAUUAAAAGAGUCCUUCUCAUGCGAUGACCCAGCAGCCACAGGAUGAAUUUGACAGCAGUGUGGAGAAAGCAGUAGAAUGGAUGAAGGCCAUCGAGGAGAGGCUUCGGAUCAAUGACAACACCAAGGGGCCUCGGGCUGCCCUGGAGGCCAGGCUGAGGGACACGGAGAAAAUUUGUGCCUUAGAACCCGAAGGCCGAUUGAAGGUGGAUUUGGUUCUAAUGAAGGCUGAUGCUCUCCUUCAGUGCAUCAGCGAAGAAAAAAAGCAUGAGGUUUUAUCCAGAUUAAAGGAUAUUAAAGCCAAGUGGGAAGAAACAGCCAUUUACAUCACACAUUGUCACAGCCGUAUUGAGUGGGUGUGGCUGCACUGGAGUGAAUACCUGAAGGCCAAAGACGACUUUUAUGCAUGGAUCCACAACAAGAAGGUGACCUUGGAGCCUGAUAUCGAGCUACAGCUUGGCUUAAAAGAGAAGCAGUGGCAGCUCAGCGAUGCCCAAGUCCUGCUCAAUGAUGUUCUGAACCAGUCAGGUCUCCUGGAACGGCUACUGGAGGAAGCCACCUCUCUGUAUAACAGGAUUGGAGACCCAAGUGUGGAUGAGGAUGUCCAGAAAAAGAUGAAGGAAGAGUAUGAAGAUAUUAAGGGAGAAGCACAGAGAAGAGUGGAGCUGCUUGGAAAGAUAACAAAAGAACACGAGCAAUAUAAGAGCAACAUUGACCACUUUCAGCAGUGGCUGACCCAGGUGACAGAAAGAUUAAACGGCUGCCUUGAUCAGGAAGCAAAGCUGCCAGCAGAAAAUAGAAUCAAGUCGUUGCAGGAUAUCACCAAAGAUGUCAAGGGUGGGGAAAAGAAACUGAGAUUGCUGGAAGCACAGUCUGUUGGUGUCAAGCAAAACACGUCCCCUCUGGGAGCAGAAAAGAUCACUAGCGAGUUGGAGGAACUGAAAAAAGCCCUGGAGAAGUUGAAGCUGGUGAGUGCCGAGGAAGAGGAGAGGUUGCUGAGGAACCUGAAGUCAGAAAACGCCUAUCAUUCUCAAGCUAGAUUGCUCGAGGCUGAGAUACUGGAGUUCCGGAAGAACUUGCAAAGGCUAGGAAACAGCUUGGACCCGGGUGACAAAGUGAGAAGCGAGGAGGACUUAAUUGCUCUGUGGAGAAGAUACAUGGCAACAAGGGCAGCUCUUUCAAAAGAGGAAUCAAAGAUUGAGAGACUGAAGACUCAACUUAAGGAGUUGUUCAGGUUUUCACAAGAUGUGCAGCCCCUUUCUGAGAGUGUGAUAUGUGCACUACGAGAAUAUCAAAGCCUGAAGGGAAAGAUGUUUAAAAUGAGCACUGAGACCGAAACAGAACUGAGGCAGCGCUUCCAGAACCCCCUGAGGGAAUUCCAGCUGUGGAAACCAUCAGCUCAGCGGCUGCUGGACACGACAGCAAAUGUUUCCGACCCUGCCUUGACAGAUGCUUUCUUGCAUCAGAUUGAGGCAUUUUUGGCUGAAAGUUCCCAGUUUAAGGAACAGCUCCUGAUGCUGCAAAUAAAAAAAGAUUUCUUGAGCAGCAUUUUUGAGGAAGAAAAAGCAAAGUCGCUCAUGGCCGAGGCAUCUGAGGCUGCGAAGGAAACAGAACACUUGCAUAAAGUUCUCCUUCAGAGGAAAAGCAAGUUGCAGUCUUUGGUAUCACAGCAUAAAGACUUUGAUGCAGUCUACGGGCCUUUGCAGAAGAAAUUGCUUGCUAUCAGAGAAAAGUUGGACGCAGAGAGGAAACCGUUGCCCAGUCUGGCAGAUAAAGAGGCCCGGCUGCAGAGGCUGCAGCUCAUACAUGGAGACAUGGCAGAGUGUGCUGUUCAAAUGGAGGAACUGGAGAAGCUGGUGCAACCUAACCCGACACAGAUGCAUCAAAUCAAGCAACUUUCUUCUGACUAUCAAAUACUAAAGAGGUCCCUGGAGAUCCUGAUGGCCCAAAGCAAGCAGCAUGUUCAAGAACACUGGACCUUUAAUGAGAAAUCAUCUGACCUCCAGCACUGGCUUCUGGUGACCGAGGAGGAGUUGGAAUCGCAUUGGGAUGCCGAUGGAGGAUGGAAGAUGAGCAACAGGGCUUUGUUCUUGGAGAGACUGCAAACUGAGUAUCAAGAUAGAGAGAUCCAGUUACAUCUCAUUGAAGCCCAGAGCCAGUUGGUGGCAAAACACUCUUCUCCAGAGGGAGCUGAGAAUAUCCAGAUGGAAGUGAAGAAGCUGAAGGAAUCCUUCCAGGCUCUUGAAGGCAUGCUGUCAAGUCUCUUCCAGGAAAUCCAUCCAAACAGGACAACAACAGAUGGAGGCAAGAAAGCAACAUUUCUGGACAGCAUGACAACACAGGGCUUUGCCACUCACUCCACAGAAGAUGCUAAUCACUGGAAAAACAUGGACCAAGGAGAAGAUAAUAAUGAUCUUCAACUCAUUAAGAAUUUUGACCAAUGGUUACAAGAAGAAAAUGCCAAGUUGGCCAGCAUCCUUUCCAUGAAGCCAUCCACUAACAAAGAACUUGAAGCAAGGCACAGCAAGCUAAGGAAACUUCAGUCUCGUGUUCCUGAGGGUCAGCACCAUUUUGAAGAUCUCUUGCGCCUUCGACCAAUUGUGAAAAACUCUGCUGAACUGGAGGAGUUGCGCUACCAAUGGAUGCUCUACAAGUCCAAGUUGAAUAACUCUGCUAGCUCAGUGAUGACAAGUUCCUUGGAAGAGCCAGCAACAUUCAGAAAGGGACGACCAGCCGGAGCGUGUUCAUUCCUGCGUCGUGUCUGCUGGGCCGCUUUGCCCCUCCAGCUGCUCCUAUUGUUCCUGCUGCUUCUCGCCUUCCUGCUGCCUCUAGUCAAGGAGACACACAGCUGCAAGCUUGCCAACAAUUUUGCACACUCCUUCAACCUGAUGUUGACAUACAAGAGCCCACCCCCAACUUAAGUCCUCCACACAGGCAGGUGCAGUUAAGGGGACAGAUUGAGUUAUCCAAGUGGCUUUUCUCUGGGGUGUCUCCUUUCCUGCGGGUCCCCUCAAAUCCGGGACAGCUAGCAAGGGACCCACAUCAACUGGAAACUUGGUCCGUUGUAUGCUCAGGCUAUAGAAAUGAAGUAUUCAUAUUUAGAGCUAAAAUUAUAUUUUUAAGUAUAUGACUAUAUUUAUACUGUAUAUUUGAAUUUUAUACAUAUAUGUAUGUUUGUCUCAAGGAAAGAUGAGUUGGAAUCAGUGUUUUCAACCAAAUCCUGCCAUUUCCUUUUUGUCUGUGGUAUUGUUGAAUAAUAGUAUCAGUUUUCACCAACUGCUUGUUAAGCACAAAAUAGGAAAGAAGGGAUCGCUAGUUGUGAUGGAUCACAAGGUUACCAUGAAAAAUGGCAGCCAUGUGUCAAGUUAUCCCUCCUCUACCACUAAACAGGCAAUUUUUAAAACUGCAGUUGCCAUCUGAUUGAAUAAAUCUUAGUUGAUUAUUGUACUAAUUGAUUAAGUAAUUAGUGCAAUGUGCCUCGUAAUGUGCAUUUGACUAAAAAAUACCUAAGCUAAAGUCAUUCUUCCUUUGUUUUUAGAGUAAAGUGUAGAACCUGUGGCCCUCCAGAUGUGGCACCUCAACUCCCAUCAUCCCUGUCCAUUGUUUAUGCUGCUUUGAGCUGAUGGAAGUUGCAGUCCAGCCACAUCUGGAGAGCCCAGGCACCCAGCCCUAGUUUAGAGGAGGCACAAUGUAUUGUAACAGGCAUGAUCCUACUGCUUAUAUGUGUGAAAAGAGGGAAUGCCUUUUAAAGACAGAGCUUGCCCUCUCUAAUUUUCAUAAAGAACUGCAUGAAAAAUGUCUUUUAAUCUACUGCCCAACUUUGUAGUUGACUGAACUUUUUAAUCGAUUACUUCAUCUAACUGAUUAGUCAAUUAAGCACUGCAAUCCGACAAAAAAAUUAUAUUAUUGACAGUUGCAUAAAUUGCCUUUUAUUAGAAGUGGAAGGAAACUUAACAUGUGGUUGACAUUUUUAGCAGUAGCCUUGAGUGUCUCCUAUUGGCCCGUUCCACCCAAAGUGUGAGAAGGUAAAAUAUCAUCUUGGAAAGCUAGUGAUAGGGAAUCUUUUAAAGAAUGCAGAAGUAAAUGGGAUUGACUCAUGCUUAGAUAAACUCUAGCACAACCUACAAAACUGUUGGUGGGAGCUUCAGACAAGAGGGUGCAUGGGGGACUUGGGUAUGUGUGCAGUACAGCUUGGAGUGAAGUGAGAACUCUCAUCCCAAACCCAUCCUCACUCUGAGUUCAGGACCCGCAAAGUCUCCAGAAAUAACUCUGUGUGUGUGUGGAAGACAGAAGCAGUGUACACAUUUGUACUGGGCCAAAAAAAAUUCUGCUGGCAGCCCCAACUUUAUCUCAUAGUAAAUUCCUGAUAGGCAAACUGA